GCCGCCCCGCCCGGGCCAGCCGGGGUAGCGGCGGCGGGCCGGGGGCGCCGUUAGCAGCUGCCGGGCUCGCCCCGCGGCGCCCGCCCGCUCCGCCGGGCCAUGCGGUAGCGGCCGCGGCGGGCCGGGCUCUCGGCGGCCAUGGAGCGGCUCCCCGGCGGCCGCCGGCCCCGGCUCGAGUCCUCGCUGGGGCUGGGGCGGCGCUCCUGGGAGGUCACCUUAGACGAGGAGCGGGGGCGGCUGGCCUGGCGCGACCCCCGCCCGCCGCGCCGCGCCCGCGAAAACUGUUCUGUACCCAUCUCUGAGAUCAUUGCUGUUGAAGAAACUGAGCUUAACAAGAAACAACGUAACAUUGGCAGAUGGCAAAAAAUGGCAAAGCUACAUGCUUUCACAGUGUAUUAUGUGAAGAAAGCCCGAAAUCACCGCUGGCGGUGCAGCAAUGUGACGUUUUGGUGUGUUGAUGAGCACUUAUGUAAUCAGUGGAUACAGGCGCUGAAGGAAUUACUUGAAAUGCAAAAGUCUAGACCAAAGCAGCUGCUUGUGUAUAUUAAUCCCUUUGGAGGAAAAAGACAAGGGAAGAGGAUUUAUGAACAGAAAGUUGCUCCACUCUUCAGUCUGGCUUCUAUAUCCACUGAUGUUGUUAUAACUGAACAUGCUAACCAUGCUAAGGACAACUUAUUUGAAGUUAAUAUUUAUAAAUACGAUGGUGUUGUUUGUGUUGGUGGGGACGGCAUGUUCAGUGAAGUGAUGCAUGGUCUCAUUGGAAGAAUGCAGAAGGACUCUGGCAUAGACCAAAAUAAUCCCAAAGCAUCGUUAGUCCAGUGCAAUAUAAGGAUUGGCAUAAUUCCUGCUGGUAUUUUGCAUCAAGACUGUAAAGGAUCAACAGAUUGCGUAUGCUAUUCAACUGUUGGCAUUUCUGAUCCAGUAACUUCAGCCCUUCAUAUUAUUAUAGGUGACUGUCAGCCUCUGGAUGUCUCUUCUGUACAUCACAACAACACAUUUUUGAAAUACUCUGUGUCAUUGCUGGGUUAUGGUUUUUAUGGAGAUAUAUUAAAAGAUAGUGAGAAGAAGAGGUGGAUGGGUCCAAUGAGAUAUGACUACUCAGGCUUCAAGACUUUUCUUUCUCAUCAUUAUUAUGAAGGAACAAUUGCUUAUCAACCAGCCAAACACACACACGGAUCUCCACGAGAUAAAGAGAGCUGCAGAACGGGAUGUUACAUUUGCAAGAAAAGUGAGAAACAACUGGCAGAACAGAACAAGGAACAUGGAUUAAAACAUGAAGAAGGCGAAGAAGAAUGGAAGGUUAUAAAAGGGAAAUUUUUAGCUAUCAAUGCAGUAAAUAUGAGCUGUGCCUGUCCACGAAGUCCAAAAGGUCUUUCACCAGCAGCUCAUCUGGCAGAUGGUUCAGCAGACCUCAUUCUAGUUCGGAAAUGCUCCAGAUUUGAUUUUCUACGGUAUCUUGUCAGACACACAAACCAAGAUGAUCAGUUUGACUUUCCAUUUGUAGAUGUUUUUCGGGUGAAGUGUUUUCAAUUUACAUCAAAGCUUUCAGAAGACAACGAAAGCAAUGUAAUGGACAUAGGAAAGAAACGUUUUGGCCAGUUCUGCAGAGAUCAUCCAGCCUGUUGCUGUAAUAUUGUUAAUAGCACCUGGAAUUGUGAUGGAGAAACUCUGGAUAGUUCAGCAAUCGAAGUGAGGGUUCACUGCCAGUUAAUGAAACUGUUUGCAAGGGGAAUUGAGGAAAACUGUAAAGAUGAAGCUGCCCAAAGCCAGAGUAGCAUUGAACAAUUACUAUAGACAUUGUUCCUCCAGUGGGGAGAAGAAAAAAUAAAAGCUCAAGGAAAUUGAGUAAAUAUGCAUUUUAGUCAAAUUGACAAGUAUUUUAAACUUCUAGAUUUUUUUUUUUUUUAAUGGCUUCACUAUAAUUUUAGACAUCUUACUGUAUUGCGUCCUUUUUAAAAAAAUUAUUGUAAUCAUUAAAAAUGUAUCUUGGAGUAAUGUAAUCUGUUACGUUGGAAAAGAUGGGAUUGGCCUAUAUCUAUGUAUUCUUGAUAACUGAUAAGUUCUCUGUGCUUUUCUAGAGAGCUAAUUUAGUAGCUGUGUUGCAAUAAUAUCUAAAUGUUAUGAAACAUUGGACUUGCCACUGGUACCAAGUUAAGACAUUUUCAGUGUCUGAGAAGACAUUUUCUGCUGGGAGUGUUAUGUAGUUGCAUGUGGCCUAAAUGCUGGAAUGCUGGACAAUGGUGUUGUCAUUUGCUUUUUUUUUUUUUUUUUUUUUUUUUUAAAUUAAAAUCUUUCAUUUUGUAAUUCUGACAAUACCUUGCAACUUAUCAAUGCAAUUCAAACACACAUUCCUGGCUUUAAGUAAUAACAAUAAUAGUGUACAGAUAUUUGAAAAAUAAAAGCACAACUAUAUACAGGUCACACCUCAUCCUCUAUAUUCUAUCUUUGAAGCCUUCCUUGAAUCAUGCUUUUUGGGAUUAUAAAAGGUUUUAUGACUAUUUGGAUGAUACCAAAUACCACACAGUGCAACUGAAAAGUCUUGCAAGCAAAUUGCAGAAGUACUUGUAUAAUAUCAGGAAGGCACAGGAAAGGAAUAUAUGAACAAGUUCUCAAACACCAGCAAGUUUUGGUUUUUUGGUUUUUUUUUUUUAAUAUCUGAUAUUAACAUAUUAAAAGCUUCCCUCUUCAGUACACAAUUCUACUCCAUAUGUUAAAAUGUCUUUGCAAAAUAAGAUGUUGGAGAGUUAAAUUUAGAAAUAUGAUUUCAUGAUUGAAAAUCCUUAAAAUAAUUUAAAUAAAUAUGAAACAAAAUAAUUUGCUUUGUGAAGCCAAGGGAGGAAACUGGCAUCUGACAAAUCAUGAAUUCACUGUGGUGAUUUGUUUUAUAACAAAAAACAUUAGACUUGUCAUAUAGAGCUAUGGAGUGAUUAUUUAAGUUGUAUAUAGUUUUGUGUAUUGUGGCACAUACAUGUUUUGUGUCCAGAGUUGUGGCUCUUUUUGCUCUUCUUGUACAGAUUUAUUCCUGUUUGAGGACAGAAGUUAGCCCCUGUGCUAUUUUAUCUUUUUUUAAGUGUUUCUUUAAGUCUAAAGUUCUCUAAAACUGACUUCCUCUGAGAUUUUUUUUGUGUCCAAACGGCUGAUGAGUCUGUAUUCAUGUAUAUUUAUUGGUACUUCUGUCAUCCAGCUUGUGUUAGUUUCUUGUCUCUCAUAUACGUUGUCAGUGUAAGCCAUGGUGAUUGGUCAUUUCAUUACUGAAGCACUUGAAUAUUGUUAUAAAUGGCCGGUUAUUUUUUUCAAUUGAAGUUAUUUACAUUCCAGUUUUGUGUAUUACCAAAAUUGUGUUCUAUAUCUUUGCUACAAGGUAUUAUUCAUAUUGCUCUAUAUGACAAAAAGCACUUGCAAAUUAUAUUUGCCUUAAGUACAAUCAUACAAAGUUUAGGAUCUUUAUUUUUUAUAUAGUAUUUCAGGAAAACACUUGAAUACUUUUCCAAAACUCUUUCCUUUCCUUAUUAAUGCAAUGAGUUAAAAUGUUGAUUCAUCCAGUAUUUUUCUGACGCUUGUAACACAGGUGUUACAUACACUUUUUAAAGCCAUGUUUAAUAAGUGAAAUAGUACAUUCGAACUAACAUCCCAUUGAAAAUGAAAUUAUGCAGUUCUACAAAUGUGAAUAUUUUUUGAAAGUGUCAUUUGUUAAAAACUGCCUAUGGUUAUUGUGGUUAAUCCAUGAACAUUGUGAGAGUACCCAGACUUCCAAGUUACAGUAAUUCUUGUGCAGAAGGUCAAAUGAUGCACACUCGGUUUACCAACAGUGAGGGAUUUUGAGGCAUUGCAGUAUUCCAGAGCACAUUCUCAUCACUGGGAACUGGAAUAAAUAUUAACCAGCUCUUUCCAUUAGUUUACUAGCAAGUCACGAGACCCCCUACUUGAAAAAAGGAGACAAUCUCAUAGUGAAUGGAUAUUGAAAUGCUUUGAGUAUCUGCAUCUGAGUGCUUGGUGUUUCCAAAGAAAGCCACAGUGAAGGUCUCCUUUUUGAGAAAAAGCCACCAGAAAAGGACAAAAGAUCAUUGUAUAGUAUGGUAAAGAAGUGUGAAGUAAAUAAUAAAGGUAUUGCAACAUAAUAAAAUUUAAAGGUCUUAGGUAAUAGAAAAGCUGCAUAGUUGCAUUUGAAUAAUUCUGUUUGUAGCAUAUUAAACUAGCAAAGCACCAUAUAUGAGGUGUAUGACAUGUCCAGUUUAUUUUUAAGAGAGCUGUGUAAGUAAUGUCUGCUUACAUUUUAAUUCUAGGGAUUUUUUUCUCCGAAUGUAAUCUUAGUAUGGAAAUUAUGUAUAGGAAAACCAGCUUUGAUUUUUCUUUUUUCCCAAUCUUGCUGGCUUCAAGAUUAGAAAAUGUGUUCUGUUUUACGAUGCUAGGGCAUUUCAUUAAAAAAAUAAAACUGCAUUGUACAAC